AUGGGAAGCUGUGUUUCCUUGCAAAAUAAAGAAGCUGGUAACUCGAGGAGUGUGAAUCGGUUUCACGAUGGCAUCUCGGGGAAAGCUACCACGAAUACACAACAGGGGACUCGACCGGUCUAUACGAGAGUCGUGAAACGGCCAAAAAAGAAAGUGCAUAAAGGGUUGAUUGGGUUGCCGUCAAAUUUUCAACAUACAGGCCACAUCGGGAUAACGGAAAUGCGAAGUGGCAAAGUUGACCCUGAAAAAAUCAGAAGCCAAAUGGCAGAAGUCGCUGCUGCACUACGUCUCGAAGUGAAUAGAUCAGUGACAGAAAGACCUGAAUCCUCGACAAAAAGUGGUCCUGCUGCUGAUCAUAGAUUUAAAGUAAAGAGAAAACCUACUCUCACCUCAGUAUCUCAUCCACCGAAUACAACACAACUACCAUCACUGCCGUCCUCAGAUUCAUAUCCAUCACAAGAUUCAAUACCGACAACCCAACAAAAACUAGAUCCAAUGGCAGAAAUAGUUGCCGCGUUAAAGAUGCCGUCCGAUACGAAUUUUGGCCUGGAGCCAACAAAUGAGACGUCCAUUACUGUCGUGUAA